CGCUAAAUGAAACAUUUGGCUCCUGUAAAUUUAUACAGUUAGGCCAGGUUCCCAAUUGCAACAUAAACAUUCAGUUCUUCAUCCUUCUCAACGACAUUCCAUUUCAUCCUUCGAGAUGGCACUCCUUGGAAAAAAAGCAGAUAAACAGUGGCGGUUUGUGGGCCAAGAGGUCACCCAACUCGAGGACUUGACAGAGGAGCAUAUUCGUGCAGUCUAUGGCCUAAGCCCUACUACGAAUAAUAAACAUGAGACCAUGGGAAAUGGCUCAAAUGAAGCCAGCAAUAAAAGCAGUAGCAACUCCAGAUUUCCAUACUGUGGCAACCAUUAUACUAACUUAUCUUCUGGAAAUACUCAAGCCAGUCGAGAAAAGUCAAACUCUUGUUCUGCUUCCCGAUGCAAGGAUGGAAAUCCUCACUGUCUAAAUUACAUGGGACAGGCCCAAUGGGAGAGUGAUGAUGCAUUUGAAUCUUACUUUGCUAAGGUCGCUGUUCGGCAAUGCCCUGAGCCCCUAAAGCGCCAAGAGGAUACUCCUGCUGGGAUGAAGAACCUCGGUGCUACGUGCUAUGUGAAUUCACUUCUUCAAGUAUGGUUUCAUGAUCUGGCCUUUCGGGACGCAAUAUAUCGAUGCCGCUUCCAAACCAAUAUAGACAAUUCUAUGAACGCCCUGUAUCAGCUUCAACUACUAUUUGCGCAUCUGAAUUGCGGAACGAAGUCAUAUUACAAUCCUCAAUCACUUGUCACGAGUCUUAAGUUGGAUACAGCUAUGCAGCAGGAUGCACAAGAGUUCUGUAGCUUGUUUAUGGCCCAGAUAGACAAUCAAUUCAAAAAGCAAGCGGAUGGGCAGCUGGGCAAUUUUAUCAAUAAUCAGUUUCAAGGCCGCUACUCGUAUCACACGCAAUGCAAGAACUGUAAAAAAAUAUCCGUACGAGACUGCACUUUUUAUGAAUUGCUUCUUAACAUCAAGGAUAACUGCACUUUGUUGGAUUGUCUUGAAGAGUUCAUCGAGCCUGAAGAACUCUUAGGAGCAGAUCAAUAUUCGUGCUCAACCUGCGGUUCAUUACAAGAUGCAACUAGAAGAGUCAGGAUUGAUAAGCUGCCACCAGUCUUAAAUGUCCAGUUGAUGCGCUUCGUCUAUGAUAGUGCUACAUGGACAAAAAAGAAGUCCAAGGAUACCAUCCGCUUUCCCGAAACAAUUGACUUUUCGGAACUACUGGGGACCAAAGAGAAUGCCAUUUAUAAUCUCACAGCAGUCCUCGUCCACAGUGGGCCAAGCGCCCAUUCUGGUCAUUUUUUGGCACAUGUACUGAAUAAAGAGAGCAACAAGUGGUUCGUUCUGAAUGACGAAGAGGUAAGGCAGUUUCACGGAACUAAAUUUGACCCUGAGAGCUAUUCUGAGUCAGAGGCAAACCCCACUAGUAAGAAAACAUCGGCCAGAAAUAAAGGAACAAAUGACCAGAAGAGCCAAAACAUUCUUUCCUCCCGCAACGCGUAUAUGCUGACCUAUACCAGAAGUACAGCCAAGUGCCAGAUCGAGCCAUGUAAACCUCCAAGAGAGGCGCUUGACAUCGUGUUGCGGGAUAAUACUGAUCAUGGAAAUGAGAUAAACAAAUAUGAGCAAUAUAAAGAAACGCUCAAAUCAGAAUUUGAAAAAGUGUGUGGUGAACGCAAGGCAAUCUAUAGCUGCUGGGAUGUGAAUAGUGACCAGCAAGGCCAAUGCUAUAUAGCCACAGAGGAACUUAUAAAAUUCAUACAGCAGGAACGUAAUACUUGCUUGAAGCUUGACAACAGCAGUAUUAUCUGUGAACAUGGGAAAUUGUGUCCAAAGGCCUUUACCAAGAGCAAGCGCAUUAGCGAAGCUGCUAAAGAACUUUUAGUGAAUAAGCAUCAGGUUGAGAUUGCUCCUAUGCUGACUAUACAUGAUUUUUGCGGCAAUUGCAUCAGAAAUAUUGUCCAAGACAAGCUCUAUCGUAUCGUACAUCGUCGAGACGUCGAUGAGUUCGAGAGGAAAUCUAGGGGCAUUAAAAGCCCAACGAUUGCAUGGGUAUCCAAACUUUGGCUUGCAGAAUGGCUAAAGGCAAGCCCACGGUUUCAUCCAUCGAAUGGGACGGCUGCUGAUGACCCUAACCCCAUGGCUGAUCCAUAUAAAGCUGAUAUUAUCUGUCCUCAUCGUCGCCUUACAGUGGACAAGUCAAAACGCAAAUUGAUUAAUAAAGCGGCCUUAGAUGUAUUAGAACGUGUUUUUGGGGCAUUAAACCUACCCUCCAGCGAUGCUACCGAGUGCACAACAUGCCUUGACAACUUUCAGCCUCAUGUCGAGAACAUAAAAGAAAUGACGGCCAAGGCAUCAUUUGAGAAGACUGAACUUUCUGAACUUAUUAUGCGGGGAGCACGUAUACGGCAAAUGGAGACAGGAAGGAACUAUUAUGCCGUCUCCACAACUGGGUUUAUCAAAAAAUGGCUAGACUAUAUCAAAAAGCCUGCUAUAAAUUUGCAGCCAACUAUGAUUGAUAACUCAAGCCUCUUGUGCGCACAUGGCCAAUUCAUGUACGAUCUUGAGAACUCUACUGAUGCCGAAAAUGAAGGUGAUCUCUAUGUGAUAAAUGAGGGAGAAUGGAUCUAUCUUCAAACUAUGUAUGGUGGCGGUACACCAAUUCUGAUAAGGCAGAUAGAAGCUAUGGACAGUGAUAUGAAGCCAGAAACAACCUUACCCGUAUUAAAAGUAGAACCUAGCGUUUGUUUGGCAUGCAGGAAUGAAAGGAUCCUAGACUUUACAUCUACAACGCUAUUGAUUCGGCUACACUCUUCAGACGAGAACAGGUCUAAGGAUAAUCGCUCAGGCGCAGUGGCGCCACCAAGCCAAACCCUUGCUCCACCCUCUCUUCAAAGGGUGCCCUCGCCAACUGUCUUUUUGAAUGAUACACAGUCAAAAAGGAAAAAUAUGUUCAGCACAACGUCAAACCUUGGUAUGGGGACACGAAGAUCCAAGCGCUCUAAGGUCACCAAGAAGUCGUACAAAGAGAUCAAACUGCAGGUCAGCAAGUGGGAAACUAUAAUGGAGCUGAAGCUGAAGAUUAUGCAAAAGACAAACAUUGUGCCAUUGUACCAAAAGCUCAUGUAUAAUAAUACAGAGCUUGAUCAAAAUGAGAGUACAAUUGCAGAACAAGAAAUUCUGCCGAAUGCGGCCUUAGAUCUUAUACCGUUUGAUCAGGGCAUGGACGACCUUGAUUUUGACAACUUUCAAGACGUGGCUGCUACACCAGCGGAUGCAGGUGGAUUUGGAGGUACAGGACUGACAGAAGAAUGGUUCUAAACACCUUUAUCAUUCAUCCCAGCUGGGGCUUUCAAGACCAGUUGAGGCUGUGUUCACCCGUGCUUUUGUUUUGUUUGUAGUUGCCAAUAAUUCAUCUUUAUUUGCGGAUGUAUAAACAUUCCUUGAGAAGAUGAUCGUAAGGAAUAGAAAUAGUAGAUAGCAAGUGGGAAGGGCAGUAUCACAAAAAUAUAAGG